AUGAUGCAGCAAUUAUUAUUCCUACUACUGUUAGCUGCCGUCAAAGCCGGUAAAAUUCUUGUCUAUAGCCCAUCUAUUAGCCACAGCCAUUUGAUUUCUAAUGGAAGAAUUGCCGAUACUCUUGUUAAAGCUGGGCAUGAUGUGGUAAUGUUCAUACCAGAAUAUGUGAAAGCGACAUCGAAUUUUGAUGGAGCAAAGCUUGCCAAAAUUGUGAGGAUGAAUGACAUUAGCCCUAAAUAUGAAGAGGAUAUGGAUUUUUGGGGAGAUCGGUUGAUGACGCAACCAAAUCUAGGCUUCGCGGAGAGAAUUUUCUGCGAAUAUUCUAAUCAACAUAUGUGUGAAAAGCUAAUGGCUCGCCGGGAAGAGCUGGAAUUUUUGAAAAAUUAUGGAUUUGAUGCUGCCUUUGCGGAGCAGAUCGAUUUCUGCGGAAUCGGAGUUAUCAGGCAGGGUAUCUUGGAAUUCAGAAUCUCUUAUGGAUCUCGACUACACCGCUUAUGGAUGCUGUGA